UCAUGGCCGACUUGGUUACGGAUGGCACCUGUUUAUAGCAGCAAUAUUCCAUAUUUUGCACAGAAACGACGUUUAAAUUGUUAUAUUAAUUUAUGAUUAUUUUCUUAAGAUAUCUUAUGUUUAUUUCGACUUGAUUCAAACGCCAAACCAUGCCUGUUUACCUAAGGAAAAACGUAAAUUAUACACCUCCGUCUCUAGAUCAGAUUCCAGUUGAACAAGAAGAUGACUAUGUUCAAGACCCGGAACAGCUCAAGGAUCACCUACCUCAGCCAUAUCGUAUGCUGGACAAAGUUUUGAACAAAGUAUUUGAAGAUGCAUGGGCCAUCAUCGAACAGAGAGAAAAUGCUGCCUUGGAAGAGGCUCGGAGAUUUAAACCACCACAGUUUGAUUAUGAAGAAGCAGUUGAGCCUCUUGGUGGAGCCACAAGCAUUAAUUGCAGCAGUGAUGGGAAGAUUGUGUUUGUGGGACUGCCAAAUGGAAUAGCAGUGCUUGACUCUGUUACUAGACACAGAAUUUGUGCUUGGGAAGAAGACAAAGUAGAAAUCAUCCGCUUAAAGACCUAUCCCAUCGCAGAAAGCAUGCAUCUGAUUGUAAGCCUUGAUGACAUGGGUCUGGCUAGACUUCAUGCUUUUGCUGGAGAAAGACUGUUCCUUUUAAAGUUGCUGAAUGAAGCACAGGAAGAAAAGUCCUCAACAAGGCUACUCAUACAUAAGUGUGAGGCAUCGGCAGAAGGGGAAUAUCUUGGCUCCUUGGUGGAAAACCCCACAUCAGCGGAGGUGUGGCUGGAGAUUUACCGCCUUCCCAGAGAUGAGUGGAUACAGGAAAUAGAAAAAAGACUUGCUGAUGCCCAGAAGGAACUGGAGAAGAAAGAAGGAAAGUCUGUAGAGGAGCCCCCCACACCUGCUGCAACAGAGGAGGGGGAUGGGGAUGCUGAACAGCAGGCACCAGAAAAUCAGCCGGAAACAACACCACAUCCACCUUCACAUCCCGAUAAGGCUGCCAAAUUCAGUCAGAUUUCCCUUGUUAUGAAACUAAAGCCCCCACCUACACCUACAGCUGUUGAAAAGAGAGGUAACCUGGCCCCAUCCAUCCACGGAGCAUGUCAAAAAGUGGACAGUGGGGAGGUAAUAGGGACUGGUCAAAACCACAUAUUGACCACCAGCCAUCUGGAUCUGAGAACCGAAAUAUUUGAGAAUAACUACAAGCACAUGUUAGACUACCUGCCAAAGGAAGAAAAGAUGAUAGAUCUUAUCAGAGAUGUCAACUUUCAUUUUAUGACAUCUGGCAGAUUGAUGCACAACCCACAAGAAUCUCCAAACAACCCAGGGAGCCCGACCAAUGUUGCUGUGUGGUGGCAGAAUAGCACUCAUCUGUAUCAUUACUCUUUAUUCAAACAAGCAGCAAAAGAUGGAGAAAUGAAGCCAGAUCUGGUGUGGCCGUUUACGAGCAAGAUUACUGCCACAACAAUGUCUACAGACUCCAACCUGCUGGUCAUAGGGUUAGCUUCAGGGAAUAUCGUUGUAUGGGACAGGUACCUCGGUAUGCAAAGAGGGGUUGUGAACGUGACCACGAAGGCGGCUAUACAACAGAUGUGGUUUUUAGACCCCAGCCUUUGUCCCCAGGAUGUCAGUAACUAUCCACCGUACGCGACCAAGACAACUGCCUAUCUGCUGGUGCAGAGUAGCGAUGGCGCAAUGUUUUAUCUCAUGUGUGGGGCAGGUCUUCCCCUAGAGCCAUAUUAUGUUUCACCACCAGUGGAAAAAGAAGAAAAUAUGUUUACAAGGGUGGAUCCUAUUCCAGGCAAGCCAGAAUUGACGAUGGUUGUUCUUAAAAAAGGCACGAUUCAAAUCAGACACACCUUACAUGGAAAUGUCUUGUGCGAGACCAAACUGCCGCCCACUCACCAGGUGGUUACCCCAUGGGACCCCAUUAUCACUACGGCAUGCAGGGGAGAGCGUUUGUUUGUCAGAGGAGAAGCCAAAGAGGAGAAACCAGCUGAACAGGAGGACGAGAAGCAGGAGCCUGAGAAGCAGGAGCCUCAACCAGAAGUCGAGCCUGUUGCGAGCAUGAUGUUUGUUUUUGGCCUCAAGCAGUUUGCUCCUCUUGAGGAAUUUAUGGUUUCGGAGAGAACAUCAGUACCAUUCACCGUCCAUACAACCAUCGACAAGCGGGUGGAUGCUCUCAUGACUGAGAGAAUUGCCCAGCAGGCUUUACGCAAAACGCGUAUGCAGGACAGAUGGGGCUUAAUGAAGGAGGAAAUCUGGGCUAUACUCCAGUACAAGGAACAGGCUGAGCGAAAGGCAGACCAGAGACCAGUCUACAACUAUCAAACUGUUUACCAUUACGAACAGGAUUUGAAGACUCCUGGUUCUAUCGGAUGGGGAACUGCUCUGUUCAAUUGAAGAGACGAAUGGCAUGAGUAAAAGAAGGACGUGUAUUGAAUUGCUUCCGUUAUUCAGAAAACUUGAUUUGUUAACAGCGUACACACAGAAUAACAAUAGUUAGUUAUUAUACCUGACAAUGCCUUGUGUUUAAUUGUUUAUUAAUUUAUGAUAAAAAAUAAUUGCCAUGCUAACUCAUUCUUUGGUGGUUAUGGCAAUGCUAUGAUGAUACAGAAUUCGUUAACUGUAUUACAGAGUGAGAGAGGUAUUAACAUGAAGACAUAGGUGUAAGGAAAUUGAAAGAGACAAAAACGCAUUAAAGUUUGUAUGAAAAAGUCAAAGAAUUGGUACGGUUGUGUAUGAUCGAUGAGAGAAAGCAAUGUUUGUACAUAGGAAAAAUGAUUAUGUUAUUAUUUGUAUAUACAAUGCACAUGUAGAAUGUUUAUAUGUAAAUCAAAUUGUUGACUGUUAAAUGUGAUACAUUUUACGUGAUAACCGAAUAAAAUGUAUGCUUUCUUUUUA